AUGACGCAGGCACAGGUCAACGGGACUUCCAGGAAGCCCUUCUUGUUCACCUCCGAGUCCGUCGGAGAAGGUCACCCAGACAAGAUCUGCGAUCAGAUCUCGGAUGCCAUUCUCGAUGCCUGCUUGGCUGAGGACCCAACCUCCAAGGUUGCUUGCGAGACUGCUACCAAAACUGGUAUGGUCAUGGUCUUUGGUGAAAUCACUACUGGAGCCAGACUCGACUACCAAAAGAUCAUCCGUGAUGCUAUCAAGGACAUUGGUUAUGACAGCUCUGACAAGGGCUUCGAUUAUAAGACUUGCAACGUCCUAGUUGCCAUUGAGCAACAGUCCAAGGAUAUUGCCCAGGGUCUUCACUACGAGAAGGCCUUGGAGGACCUCGGUGCUGGUGAUCAAGGUAUCAUGUUCGGUUAUGCUACUGAUGAGACCGAGGAGUUGCUCCCACUCUCUCUCCUCCUCUCCCACAAGCUUAAUGCUGCCAUGUCUUCUGCCCGCCGUGAUGGGUCUCUCCCAUGGUUGAGGCCCGAUACCAAGACCCAGGUCACCGUUGAGUACGAGAAUGACCACGGUGCUUUCAUCCCACGCAGAGUCGAUACCGUUGUCGUCUCUGCCCAACACAGCGAGGACAUUGACACCCCAGAGCUCCGAAAGGAGAUCUUGGAGAAGAUUGUCAAGAAGACUAUCCCUGCUAAGUUCCUUGAUGACCGAACUGUCUAUCACAUCCAACCAUCCGGCCGUUUCGUCAUCGGUGGGCCACAGGGUGAUGCUGGUCUCACUGGCCGUAAGAUCAUCGUCGAUACCUAUGGUGGUCACGGUGCCCACGGCGGUGGUGCUUUCUCCGGAAAGGACUACUCCAAGGUCGACCGAUCUGCUGCCUACCUCGCCCGAUGGAUUGCCAAGUCCCUCGUCAAGGCCGGCCUCGCUCGCCGUGCUCUCGUCCAGCUCUCCUACGCCAUCGGUGUUUCUGAGCCCCUCUCCAUCUUCGUCGACACCUACGGAACUAGCGACAGGACUUCUGAAGAACUUGUUGAGAUCAUCAAGAAUAACUUCGACAUGAGACCUGGUGUCAUCGUCAAGGAGCUUGACCUCGAUAAACCAAAGUACUACCAGACCGCCAAGAACGGUCACUUCACCAACCAGGAAUUCACCUGGGAGAAGCCAAAGGUUCUUGAGUUUUAA